AUGGCACCUCCAAAUACAAAAAAAUAUGUAGCUGACGUGGUUAUCUUUGCUUUAUCCCAAGUAGCACUUUACUUUGCCGUGAAAUUUAUUCUUAGUUCGCUUGAUCCUCUUAAGGAUAAAAAGAAAGAGUCAAAAGCAAGGAGCGAAGAAAUAAAGAAUUUGAAAUUGAAUGAAUACGAAGAAGUGAUCUUGACAGAAGUAAUAUUUCCCGAUGAAAUUUCAAAAUUGGAGUCUCUUCGGGAGUCUGUUAUCUAUCCUUUAUGCUAUCCGCAACUGUUCACUUCUUCCUCUGGGUUGUUAGGAGUUUCUAAAGGGGUAUUACUUCACGGCCCACCUGGGUGCGGCAAGACCAUGCUCGCUAAGGCGCUCGCUCGAGAAUCUGGUGCCACCUUCAUAAAUCUUCAUGUAUCAACAUUAACGGACAAAUGGUUUGGAGAAUCAAAUAAGCUAGUCUCUGCGGUUUUUUCUGUCGCAAAGAAAUUGCAACCGUGUAUCAUCUUCAUUGAUGAAAUUGACGCUUUUUUGAGAGAAAGGAGAAGUAACGAUCAUGAGGUUACUGGUAUGAUGAAGGCUGAAUUUAUGAGUUUAUGGGAUGGCCUUACCACUGAUGAGAAUACCCGUAUAGUAGUGCUUGGUGCUACUAAUAGACCUAAUGAUAUUGAUUAUGCUAUUCUACGUCGUAUGCCUAAAAGAUUUGCAAUUCGGCUUCCAAAUGACGAACAACGAAGAAAUAUUCUUGAGAUAAUGCUCCAGGAUCAAAGUUUGGAAGAUAAUUUUGAUUUCAAUGAAUUAGUAAAUAAAACUGUGAAUUUUUCUGGAAGCGACCUUAAAGAGGCAUGCCGGAACGCGGCAAUGAUUCCAAUUAGAGAAUAUAUGCGUAGUCAUGCUACACCAGGAGGGGAUCUAAAAGAUAUUGAUGUUGAGCAAAUGAAUAUUCGCCCUUUGAAAAUAUCCGAUUUCUUUGUUGUCGAUGGAUCUGGCAGUCAGACGAACAGUCUAACUGCCGAAAUUUAG